AUGGAGAAAAUGUUAAGAUCAGGAGCUAGAGCUGCCUUCAGAAAUAAUCAGGUACCGUCAACAUCAAGUGUGGUAUCAACCAUCAAGACGGAAGAAUCGAUGAAUGAUCACAUCAACUCCCUCUGUAAACAAAAACUUCACAGGGAAGCAAUUGAAGCGUUUGACUUUGCACAGAAGAACUCAAGCUUCAACAUAAGGUUACAGACCUAUAUUUCUCUGAUUUGUGUUUGCUCCUCUUCGAGGUCUCUACCCCAUGGCAGAAAGAUACAUGAUCAAAUCUCAAAAUCCGACUGCAAGCACGAUACUGUUCUCAACAAUCACAUUCUAAGCAUGUAUGGGAAAUGUGGCUCGCUGAGGGAAGCUAGAGAAGUAUUUGAUUUCAUGCCUCAGAGGAAUUUGGUCUCUUACACAUCUGUGAUUACUGGCUACUCGCAGAACGGUCAGGGACUCGAGGCAAUCAAAUUGUACAUGGAGAUGCUUCAGGCAGGUUUAGUUCCUGACCAGUAUUCAUUUGGAAGCGUCAUCAAAGCUUGCGCCAGUACUGGUGACGCUGUGUUAGGGAAACAACUUCAUGCUCAAGUCAUUAAGUUGGAAACCAAUUCUCAUCUCUUUGCUCAAAAUGCUCUGAUUGCUAUGUAUGUUAGCUUUGGUCAAAUUUCAGAUGCAAGGAAAGUGUUCUGUGGCAUCCCAGUGAAGGAUGUAAUCUCGUGGGGUUCAAUCAUCGCAGGGUUCUCGCAACUUGGGUAUGAGUUUGAGGCACUACGCCACUUAAAAGAUAUGUUGUCUUAUGGUGUUUACCAGCCAAAUGAAUAUAUAUUUGGUAGCUCCUUAAAAGCUUGUAGCAGUCUCCUUCGACAAGAUUAUGGAAGCCAAAUACAUGGUUUAUGCAUCAAGUCCGGCUUCUCUGAAGACCCCUUUGCAGGAUGCUCUCUCUGUGACAUGUACGCUAGAUGCGGCUUUCUGAGCUCCGCGAGGAGAGUUUUUCAUCAGAUAAAGAGACCUGACACAGCGUCAUGGAAUGUUAUCAUAGCUGGACUUGCGAAUAACGGCUACGCUGAUGAGGCUGCCUCGUUCUUCUCUCACAUGAGGAACUCUGGUUUUGUUCCUGAUGCUACCUCCUUGCGUUCUUUGCUCUGUGGUCAGAUGGAUCUGUGUCAAGGCCGGCAGAUUCACUCUUUCAUCGUCAAGUAUGGUUUGAUUACAGAUCUUUCGGUUUGCAACUCUCUGCUUACCAUGUACAGCUCCUGCUCGGAUUUGUGCUGUUGUUUUAAGAUGUUUGAAGAGUUUAGAAACAGAGCAGAUUCUAUUUCUUGGAAUGCUAUUCUUACAGCAUGUUUGCGACAUGAAGAGCCAGCAGAGAUGUUGAGAUUGUUUAAGCUGAUGCUUAUCUCUGAAUGUGAUCCAGAUCACAUAACCAUGGGUAAUCUGUUACGUGCUUGUGUGGAAAUCUCAUCUCUGAAACUAGGAAGUCAAGUCCAUUGCUAUAAUCUAAAAACUGGUUUAGUUCUUGAACAGUUUAUAACAAAUGGAUUGAUUGAUAUGUAUGCAAAGUGUGGGUCGUUAGAGCAAGCGAGAAUGAUAUUUGAUUCAAUGGAUAACAAAGAUGUAGUUUCCUGGAGCAGUUUGAUAGUUGGAUAUGCACAGUCUGGAUUUGGAGAAGAAGCUCUAGUACUGUUCAAGGAAAUGAAUAGUUCGGACAUAGAGCCAAACCAUGUAACCUUUGUUGGUGUUCUUACUGCUUGUAGUCAUGUUGGGUUGGUAGAAGAAGGCUUGAAGCUGUAUUCAAUCAUGCAAAGUGAACAUAAGAUUGCACCGACGAAAGAGCAUUGCUCUUGCGUAGUAGACUUGUUAUCCCGUGCUGGUCAUUUAGAUGAAGCUGAGAAGUUCAUUAACGAAAUGGAUUUGGAGCCUGAUGUAGUUGUGUGGAAGACUCUUCUCUCUGCUUGUAAAACACAAGGAAACAUUGAUCUCGCACGAAAAGCAGCUGAAAAUAUUCUGAAGAUAGAUCCAUUCAACUCUACAGCUCAUGUAUUGCUCUGUGGGAUACAUGCUUCUUCUGGAAACUGGGAAGAUGCUGCGUUGUUGAGGAGUUCCAUGAAAAAGCAUGAUGUUAAGAAGGUUCCGGGACAGAGCUGGAUUGAAGUUAUGGAUGAAAGGCAUAUAUUCUUUGCUGAGGACGUUCUUCAUCCAGAGAGGGAUGAUAUAUAUACGGUUUUGCAUAACGUUUGGUUGGAGAUGGUUGAUGAGUGUAGGUCGCAACACAAGAGAAAACUUUAGUUUAUACAUUAGACAGGAUACACAAACUUUCUUAACUUCUGAUAACAUUAGAGGCGUUUUUGUGGAGUCUUAUGUAACAAUAUGAAGAAAUGUGGAGGCUUUAGAUGUGAU